AUGGGGAAGAAAAUGCAAAACAAAUGCAACCCUUUAGCACACCCCAAAAUUUUUCUUGUUGUAUUCUUAACAUUGUCGUUUUCGUUUUGUCAAUCGCACGAUUAUGGAGAAGCUCUCUCCAAGAGCCUCCUCUACUUUGAGGCCCAACGAUCGGGCCACCUACCAUACAACCAAAGAGUCACUUGGCGACACCACUCUGGCCUCACAGACGGCCUUGAACAAGGGGUGGACUUGGUGGGGGGCUAUUAUGAUGCUGGCGACAAUGUAAAGUUCGGUCUGCCGAUGGCUUAUACUAUUACACUGCUUUCUUGGGGUGUCAUUGAGUUCAAAAAUGAAAUAGCUUUAGCAGGUGAACUCAAUCAUGCCCUUGAAUCCAUCAAAUGGGGAACUGAUUAUUUCAUCAAAGCACACACUCAUCCUCAUCUUCUCUGGGCUCAGGUGGGUGAUGGGGACACAGAUCAUCUAUGUUGGCAGCGACCGGAGGACAUGACGACUUCCCGACGUGCUUACAAGGUUGACGAGGAACAUCCUGGAUCUGAGGUGGCAGCUGAGACAGCGGCAGCCAUGGCCGCCACCUCUAUUGUAUUCAGGAGAAAAGAUCCACGUUACUCACACCUUCUCUUGGACCAUGCUGAGCAACUAUUCGAGUUCGGAGACAAAUUUAGAGGCAAAUACGACACGAGCAUUAAGGUUGCAAGAAGAUACUACACAUCGAUAAGUGGAUACAAGGAUGAGUUGUUAUGGGCUGCCCUGUGGCUGUAUAAGGCAACGUACAACAUAACCUACUUGGAUUAUGCCAUUCAAAAUGCCGAGGCCUUUGGCGGGAGCACUUGGGCCAUCACUGAAUUCAGUUGGGAUGUUAAGUUUGCCGGCGCCCAAAUUUUAGCAUCCAUGGUGCCUAUGAAAGGAAAGGUGGAAAGCGAUAGGCAAGUCUUGCACGAGUAUCGCUCGAAAGCUGAGCACUACAUGUGUGGGUGCCUCAACAAAAACAAGGCUACAAAUGUGAAGAGGACCCCGGGUGGGCUCCUCUACACUCGUCGGUGGAACAAUAUGCAAUAUGUCGCUACCUCGAUCCUCCUGCUCGCAGCCUACUCCAACCAUCUCCGAUCCACCGGAGGAGUGCUGGACUGUUACGCGGGCCCUGUGGGCCCAGACGAGAUUCUAGCCUUUGUGAGAUCCCAAGUAGACUACAUCCUGGGAUCCAACCCCAUGGGCUUGAGCUACCUCGUUGGAUACGGGCCUGCAUACCCAACCAAGGUGCACCACAGAGGCGCAUCCAUCGUGUCGCAUAAGGAGAGCAGUGAUUUCGUAGGGUGCAUGCCAGGGUACCAUCGUUGGUUCGUGUCACCCAGCCCAAACCCAAAUUUGCUCGUUGGGGCUUUGGUGGGUGGGCCAGAUUCGGAGGACGGGUUUAGGGAUAGGAGGGAUAAUUUUGCACAAACAGAGGCAUGCACGUAUAAUACUGCACCGUUGGUUGGGGUUUUUGCUAAGUUCCACGCGGCUGAAAAGGGUGGUUUUAAUUCCACCGGUUAUUCUAAUCGACCAUCCAUCUUCUACAUGAGAAGAGGACUACAAGUUGAUGUAAUUUGA